AUGGGCGCAAGACAGAUCAGCAUUUACAGUGACUCCCAACUUAUCGUGAAUCAGAUAACGGCAGACUUUGCAGCUAAAGACGCUUCGAUGUCAACCUAUCUGUCGACCAUACACCAACUCCUUCAAAAAUUCCAGGCUUACGAGAUUCGGCAGAAAACAGUCACGCUGAUGCCCUGGCCAGGGGGAACUACAUCCUUCGGGAAAUCCACGAUGGGAUAUGUGGCAAUCAUGCCGGUUCCCGAUCGUUGGCACACAAAGCCUUCCGACAAGGAUACUAUUGGCUAA